AUGAGCGUGGUCGAGAAGGUUGGGGCAGGCAAGGGACGGAUCCAUGUUCGCUCCGAUGGGCAUGAGGCGGUCUUCUCUGAGCUCUCAUACUCCUACCCACUCAAGCUCUUGUCUCCUCGACUCGCUCGUCCAAACCUCGCUGUGGUUUAUGUUCUUACAUACGGCGGAGGUCUGGUGGAUGGUGACAGUGUAGACCUCGAAGUCAAUGUGAAUGACAGGACGUCGCUGGCCCUCCUCACCCAGGGCACAACGAAAGUGUUCAAAGCGCGACCAGGACAACGUUAUGCACGUCCUACGGGCCAGGAACAGCUACGUCUGGAGACAUCACAACGUGUGACUGUGGUGGUCGGCUCUGGCAGCACCAUAUUCCUCCUCCCCGACCCCGUUACCUGUUUUCGCUCGGCGAGUUAUAACCAGAUUCAAACCUUCAGGCUUGCGUCGGAUGCUUCAGCGGUACUUCUCGAUUGGAUAACGUCCGGCCGAAAGUCGCUUGGGGAAGACUGGGUCUUCAGCAAGUACCUCAGUAUCAACGAGCUAUUCAUCUGCGGAAAACGCGUGGCGCGGGACGCAGUGCUCCUGGAAGAGGAAGACGAGAGCAUCAAAGCUUUGCCCUUUCGUUCCCUGGCGGACCGGCUCAACCCAUACUCUUGCUAUGCGACCCUCAUCCUGUAUGGGCCACAGACGACGAGUACCAUAGAGCACCUCUCAGUAUGCUUCAAUGCGAUCACCGUCUUCAAGCACACCUCCAGACCAAGCACAGUGUGGUCUCUGACUAUACUCGAUGGCGGAAAGGGAUGUGUAUUGAGAAUAGCUGCACGGACAGCAGAGGACGCACGGACUUGGCUGGGGGAAGCCCUGUUGCCGUUAUGCGAACUCAUCGGGGAGGACAUGUAUAACAGGACCUUUGGGCGGUGA